AUGGCCGCCGCUACAUUAAUCCUGCAUUUCAUCUCCUUCCUCAGUCACCAUUAUCUAGUUGUCACCACAUUAUUUUUAAGUUUAAUUCCAAUGCUUAUUCAUUCUUCAACCCUAGACUCCGACAUCGAAGUCCUUCGAACCGUGAAGCACUCCGUUGAUUCUACGUCUAUCUCUUCAGACUCUUUCCUUGAUACUUGGGAUUUCAGGGUGGAUCCCUGCCAAAGUACAGGCCGACACUUCCUCGGAGUCUUAUGUAGUUUUCCUCUUGACAAUAGUCCCAGCAGGAUCAUAGCUAUUGAUCUCGACGAUGUUGGAUAUGAUGGGUUUUUGACACCAUCGAUCGGGAACCUAACUGAGCUCACCACCCUUAAUCUGAGCAAGAACAAGUUUCGAAGAACCAUACCCGAAUCCAUCUCCAAUCUUACAAAACUCACCAAACUAUCUCUCUCCGACAAUUGCCUCGCCGGCACCAUUCCUACAGAAAUCACUUUGCUCAAGAAUCUGGAAUAUCUAGACAUAUCGGGAAACACUCUUUCUGGCUCAAUUCCAAUCAAUAUUUCUAGACUACGAAAUCUGAGCUACUUACAUAUGGCAAGAAACGCACUCACCGGCACAAUCCCGGACCUCACCGGAUUAUGGCAACUAGAAACUCUAGAUCUUUCUUUCAAUCAGCUUUAUGGAAAUCUGCCAUAUUUUCCUCUCAGAUUGACAACUCUGUCUCUGAACGAUAAUAUACUUACAGGCCACAUUUCUCCGGUUAAUAUGCUCAGCAACCUUAGUCGGCUAGAUCUAAGCCACAACCUCUUUUCAGGUAUUAUUGGCAAGGAAAUUCUUUCAUUUCCUAGGUUGGUUUACCUUAACGUUUCAAACAAUCAGUUCAAUGCAAUAGAGGCGGCCAACUUUUCCAUGGAAGAGAGACAACUUCAGUUUCUUGAUGCAGAAAAUAACAAUCUUCAUGGUCUUCUGCCUGUCAAUUUGACCACGAUCCAGAACUUAACCGCGAUUAAUCUAGCACGUAAUGAGUUUGCUGGGCCAAUACCAAGAGAAUUUGGAAACAAAAUAGAGCAAUCAUGGAGAAUCCUGUACUUGGAUAACAACUUUCUGUCAGGAGAUCUUCCACCAGAGUUCAUCACUCACUCAAAAAGGAUUUCAGGCAGCCUUGCAAAUAACUGCCUAAAGUCAUGUCCAGUGCACAUAAAAUUAUGCCGUGGAGGGCAAAGGCCUGCUUCAGAAUGCAUUAGGUAG